AUGAGUAGCACCCGGUUUGCGUACUCGUCUGCGCCGCUGCGGCGCGUGGACUGUGUCCAGUUUGGUAUUCUCUCUCCAGAGGAAAUUAAAAACAUGUCGGUGGCCAAGAUCGAGCACCCAGAGCUGAUCGACGAAGGCACGAAGAGACCCAAGAUGGGCGGCUUGCAUGAUCCGAGGAUGGGAACUAUCAACCGCAACUUCAAGUGUCAGACCUGCUCUGAGGGCAUGGCCGAGUGCCCUGGACAUUUUGGGCACAUUGAACUUGCCAAACCUGUUUAUUUGAAUGGUUUCCUUACCAAGGUCAAAAAGAUCCUUGAGUGCGUCUGUUACUCGUGCUCAAAGCUCAAGGUUGACGAUAAUAACAGCAAGUUUGUGCGAGCCCGCCGUAUUAGAGACCCCAAGGUCCGUCUGAAGGCGGUGUGGGAGCUCGCAAAAUCAAAGAUGGUGUGCGAGGGAGGUGACGACAUUGACGGAGAGAUGGGCGACGAGAUGGAGGUGGACGAACAUGGAAACCCACAGCCAAAGAAGAAGUCGCACGGGGGAUGUGGACACCGCCAACCAAUCUUUCGCAAGGAAGGACUCGGACUGAGCGUCAACUUUAAGGCGAAUGCCAACGAUGACUCUCAACCCGAAGGAAAGAGAACGCUUUCACCUAGCGACGCAUAUCACAUUUUAAAGCGUAUCUCGGACGAGGACGUUGAGGCAAUGGGAUUGUCGCCAGAGUUUGCGCGCCCUGAGUGGAUGAUCAUGACAGUGCUGCCGAUCCCUCCUCUCGCUGUACGCCCUAGUAUUCAAAUGGACGGAUCGAGCACAGGAGAGGAUGACUUGACGCAUAAGCUGUUUGCGAUCAUCAAGACUAAUGCGGACGUGUACAAGUGUGCACAGGACGGAACACCGGCGCAUUUGCUUCAGCAACAUGAACAACUGCUUCAGUACCAUGUUGCCACAUACAUGGACAACGACAUUGCUGGUCAGCCACCAGCAGCACACAAGAACGGAAGACCUCUCAAAUCGAUCCGUGCUCGUCUGAAGGGAAAGGAAGGUCGUCUUCGUGGAAACUUGAUGGGAAAGCGUGUGGAUUUUUCGGCUCGUACUGUCAUUACAGGAGACCCUAAUCUGUCGAUCGAUGAAGUCGGAGUUCCUCGCAGUAUUGCGCGCACUCUCACGUACCCAGAAUUGGUCACACCUUACAACAUCGACAAAUUGCAAGAGCUGGUCAGGAAUGGACCUACGGAGCAUCCUGGAGCAGUUUAUGUGAUCCGUGACGAUGGACAGCGUAUUGAUCUGCGGUGGAACAAGCGCGAGGUACCCUUGCAGCUUGGAUGGAAGGUAGAGCGCCACAUUAACGAUGGUGAUGUGGUCAUUUUCAACCGUCAGCCGUCGCUGCACAAGAUGUCGAUGAUGGGACAUAAAAUUCGCGUGAUGCCGUACUCGACCUUCCGACUGAAUCUGUCUGUCACAUCGCCAUAUAACGCCGAUUUUGACGGAGACGAAAUGAACCUGCACGUCCCACAGUCAGUGGAGACCCGCGCCGAGAUCACGGAGAUUUGCAUGGUCCCCAAGCAGAUUGUGUCACCCCAGUCAAACAAGCCAGUUAUGGGUAUUGUGCAGGAUACGUUGUGUGGAGUCCGCAAGUUUACGAAGCGCGAUUGUUUCUUGACCAAGGAGACGGUGAUGAACCUGGUGAUGUGGGUUCCUGGCUGGGAAGGAUUUCUGCCAACACCCGCGAUUUUAAAGCCCAAGCCGCUAUGGACCGGAAAGCAGAUGGUGAGCAUGAUUAUUCCCAAGGGCAUCAACUGUAUCACAUUUCAUUCGACACAUCCGGACAACGAAGUGAGUGACAUCUCGCCUGGAGACACCAAGGUCAUUGUGGAGAACGGCGAGCUGAUCUGCGGUAUUGUGUGCAAGAAAACGGUGGGAACAUCUGGAGGCGGCUUGAUCCACGUCAUUAUGAACCAACACGGCCCCGAAGUGGCAAAGACGUUCUUCAAUGGAUGCCAAACGGUCGUCAACUACUGGCUGUUGCACUACGGUUUCAGUAUUGGUAUCGGAGACACGGUUGCAGAUCGCAGCACUGUGAUGACCAUUACGUCGAUUAUCAACAAUGCGACGAGCAACGUGAGCGACCUGAUCAUACAAGCGCAACAGGACAAGCUGGAAUGCAAACCCGGUAUGACAUUGCGCGAAACUUUCGAGUCGAACGUCAACAGGGCGCUGAACACGGCUCGUGACGAUGCAGGAAAGAUGGCACAGCAGAGUUUGCGCGAGGAUAACAACGUCAAGCAGAUGGUUAUUUCUGGAUCGAAGGGAUCUUUCAUCAACGUUUCGCAGAUGACAGCGUGUGUAGGCCAGCAGAACGUUGAAGGAAAGCGUAUCCCUUUCGGUUUUAAGUACCGCACGCUUCCGCAUUUCACGAAGGAUGACCACUCGCCCGAGAGUCGCGGAUUUGUCGAAAAUUCUUAUUUGCGUGGUCUUACGCCCCAAGAAUUCUUUUUCCACGCCAUGGGAGGUCGUGAAGGUUUGAUUGAUACCGCUGUCAAGACCGCCGAGACCGGUUACAUUCAACGUCGUUUGGUCAAGGCUCUGGAAGAUGUGAUGGUCAAGUACGAUGGCACUGUGCGUAACUCGCUUGGGCAUGUGGUCCAGUUCUGUUACGGCGAGGACGGUAUGGAUGCAUGUCACGUCGAGAAACAGCGUCUGGACUCGGUCAAGAUGUCGAACGCGCAGUUUGAGAAGAAGUUUCACGUCGAUCUUACGGACAAAUCCAAGGGAUUCAAAUCGGGCUCGUUGGACUACUCUGUGAUCAAGGCGAUAGAGGAGGCCGAUGCGGAGGCAGCUAAGCGUGGCGAGCCAGAUAUGCAGACGCUGCUGGAGCAAGAGUUCAAGCAGUUAGAGACCGACCGUAAUUUGCUCCGCAACUACAUCUUCACGGAGGGCGACGAUUCAUGGCCGUUACCGACGAAUAUCAAGCGUUACAUCUGGAACUCGAAACAGAUGUUCCAUGUGGACCACAAGCGACCAAGCGAUCUGGAUCCACGGCACAUUCUGGAGAGCGUCAAGAAUCUGGAGAAGCAGCUCAGUGUUGUACGCGGUACCGAUCGCAUCAGUGUGGAGGCGCAAGACAAUGCUACUUUGCUGUUCCGCAUGCUCGUUCGGUCGACACUGGCGGUCCGUAGAGUGAUCGAGGAGUUCCAUCUGACGCGUGAAGCGUUUGACUGGGUGGUUGGAGAGAUUGGAUCUCGUUUUGCGCAUGCGAUUGUCAACCCCGGAGAGAUGGUCGGCACGGUUGCAGCACAGUCGAUCGGAGAGCCCGCCACGCAGAUGACGUUGAAUACGUUCCAUUAUGCAGGAGUGUCGUCCAAGAACGUUACACUAGGAGUGCCUCGUCUGAAGGAAAUUAUUAACGUUGCCACCAACAUCAAGACACCCUCCUUGAACGUGUACCUGACACCAGACUGUGCCCGCAACAUGGAGCGCGCCAAACAGGUCCAGGUCGCGUUGGAGUACACAAACCUGAAAAAGGUCACGUCCGCGACUGAGAUUCACUACGAUCCGGAUCCAGAGAACACCAACAUUGAGGAGGAUCAGGACUUUGUGACAGCAUACUAUGCAAUGCCAGACGAGGAUUUGAACUUGGCCAGGACAUCACCGUGGCUGCUGCGUAUCGAGCUGAACCGCAAGAUGAUGCUCGAUAAGAAGUUGACGAUGGCGGAUGUGUCCAACAAGAUCUCGGAAGAUUUCCAGCGCGACUUGAUGUGCAUCUGCUCUGACGAUAACGCUGAGAAGUUGAUCAUCCGCUGCCGCAUUAUCAGCGAAGAUCCCGCAGACAAGCAGGCGGAUGUACAGGAGGAAGAGGAUGUGUUCUUGAAGAAGAUCGAGAGCAGUUUGCUGAGCUCGAUCAGCCUGCGCGGUAUCAAGAACAUUGCUCGCGUGUACAUGGUUGAGAAGAAGAAGACGUAUAUCAAGACUGAUGGCACAUUCGGAUCGCAGAUGGAGUGGUACCUUGAGACAAGCGGAUCGAACCUGAAGGCGGUCAUGUGCGAAGAGGAUGUGGACGCUACUCGUACGUACUCGAACAAUUGCGGUGAAGUAAUGGCAGUUCUGGGUAUCGAGGCCGCUCGCCAGGCGUUGCUGAAGGAACUGCGCGGAGUCAUUGAGUUCGACGGUUCCUAUGUCAACUACCGCCACCUGUCUCUACUGUGUGAUGUGAUGACACAUCGCGGCCACUUGAUGGCCAUUACGCGCCACGGUAUCAACCGUGCCGAGACUGGUGCACUGAUGCGAUGUUCGUUUGAGGAGACUGUCGAGAUUCUGAUGGAGGCUGCCGCUGUUGGAGAGUUGGACGACUGUCGCGGAGUUGCUGAGAACAUCAUGUUGGGCCAGCUUGCGCCUCUGGGAACGGGCGAGUUCGACUUGAUGCUGGACGAGAAGAUGCUGAGCACGGUUGUGGAAGGACCUCGUCCUGGUAUGAUGGGUAUGGGUAUGGGCAUGGGCAUGGGCAUGAACGGCGACAAUAUGGCGUCGUCGAUGACGCCUUAUGAUGGACGGUCGCCCCAAUAUGUCGAUUUCUCACAUCCUGGCUCGCCGAUGGACGCCGUCUUCUCGCCUAUGGGCAAUUCUGGGGCGAGCUCCCCAAUGGGAGCGGGCACAUGGGAUGCUGCAAGUCCAUAUGGAGCAACUAGUCCCGGUUACUCGCCUGCAUCGCCUGGGUAUUCACCCAGCUCGCCCAUGUACGCGACCAGUCCUGGAUACAGUCCCACGUCGCCGAGCUACAGCCCGACAUCGCCCAACUACUCGCCGACCUCGCCCUCGUACUCUCCCACAUCGCCGUCGUACUCGCCUACGUCUCCAAGCUACAGUCCGACGUCGCCAUCAUACUCGCCUACUUCGCCAUCGUAUUCGCCGACCUCGCCGUCGUACUCGCCUACGUCGCCAAGCUACUCGCCUACAUCUCCCAGUUACUCACCCACGAGUCCUAGCUACUCGCCUACGAGCCAUGGUUAUGGAGCCACCUCGCCCGCGUACUCUCCAACGUCGCCUUCGUACUCGCCCACAUCGCCAUCUUACUCACCCACCUCACCAUCGUACUCACCGACAUCGCCGAGCUACUCUCCGACGUCGCCCUCGUACUCACCCACCUCCCCGUCAUACUCUCCUACGUCUCCGUCUUAUUCGCCCACGUCGCCCAGCUACUCGCCGACGUCGCCUUCGUAUUCGCCUACGAGCCCCAGCUAUUCGCCCACGUCUCCGUCGUAUUCACCCACUAGCCCUAGUUACUCGCCGACGAGUCCCAGCUAUUCGCCAGCCAGCCCUAGCUACUCGCCCGCGUACUCGUCUUCGGGCAGUUCGUUCUCACCGAUGGACUAUUCCGGAGGAGUGAACAGUGGCGCGGCGACACCUGGACGACCGGGACCAUCGUAUAGUCCUGCGGGUGGUAGCAAUGGAUCUGCGCAGGGCAAGUCGACCAAUCCCAAGUAUUCGGACGAUGAAGAAGAGUAG